CAGCUGUUUAGCAUCAAAUCUUUUGCGCCAUGGGUCGGGGUCGUGGCCGCCGUGAAGCGCGUGGCGGCCGUCCUCACCUCCAUCCGGAGGUGGCAGCGCCUGCAGAUGAAUACUAUGAACAGAUUGAAGCUGAAAGAUAUCAUCGAGUUCCAAAGGCUCCUAGAGUUCAGGCUGAGCUGACCCAUGCUGCUAUUGCCCUUGGGGGUCUUUUACCUCAAAAACUUGGCAGUAUUGUCUUGGACUUGGGUGCGGGUGGUGGCCUUAGCACCCUGACCUACCAGGCUUUGGCGGCUCAAAGCCAGUCAUGCAACAGGGACUUAGAGAUCUUGGAGGGUCAGGAGAGUCAGACACAUGGCCGAGAGCAAAGACAAGGGGAACCUUGCGGAAUUCCAUUUGUCCUGGCUUUCGACACCAGCGCACAUAUGCUGGCGACUGUGGCUCACAUUGAGGAAUCUUCGCUGGUUGGCAUCCGCCUUGAAGCUGUGAAAGGGCCGAAAGGGUCCCAAGUGGGUCAAUCCCCAAUUGAUCUUAGCGCUGGGCUACCUUGGGUUUCGAGAAGGGGUGACCGAAUCCUAGCAGACAUGUCCCAACCGCUCCCUCUUCGGAGCGGUGUGGUUGAUGCUGCCCUGUCAGUGAGCGCUGUUCAGUGGCUGUUGCAACUUCGAUCAGGUCCAUCUGGCCAGCUUGCAGAAGAUGUGGAACAAGUAAAACUUCAAAGACUCUUUGCAUCUCUGAAGCGCGUGGCAGUCGACAACGCAAAAUUGGCAAUGCAAUUCUACCCGCCCAAGGGUGAUUUUGAUUUCGGUGCCAGAGCUUUAAGGGACACAGCUCGCAAAGAACUUUGGACUGCAAACGUUGUGCUGGAUUUCCCACACCAUCCAGCUUCCACAGCUAAGAAAUGGUUUCUUUUGGCGCGCCUUUCCCAUGCUGUUUCCCAACCAGACCCCUGGUGUGCUUUGUGCUGGCCAGUUGUGGCUGCACAAUGUGCCCUUCAAAGUUCUUGUGAUGAGGUGCAGUAUGGACGGGCUCAGCAGCAGCAUGCAGAGGUCGCCUUGCGCUUGGCUCGUUGUGGCCGGCGCUUGCGGGCUGCUUCUGAUGAACACGAGCUGAAUGUGCAGGAGCGCCUCCGUCAACAGCUACACCCGCUACAAAUCGAGCUGGCCAAACGCCUUGAUGAGGCACUGGCAAAGAUGAUGGACCAUGAUUCUGACCAUGAGGCUCCGGAAUCCAAGCAACUUGUGCACGGAACAGGUGAGCCAGCCACAGAGGACCCUCAUACUUGUAAACGUGCCCGAAGUGGUGUCAAUGAAACCAAGACUGAGCUGCGAAGUGUUGUUGCCUCUUCUCUUCCGCAACUCAUCAGUGUUUUGCACGCACCUCCAAGCGAAGAGUGGCUGCUACCAACGCCUCCUCUAGAUUCCAGGGCAGUGGAUGAGAUUUGAGUUUAAGGUCGCAAUCCAACGAGAUCUUGAGGCCGGAGGUCUCUGAUUAUUCUGAUCGCAAAGAGGUUGAACCAUGUUGAAACCGUCCGAAAAAGCAGAUCGGAGAGAUUCGAAGAGAACCAUUGGCACCCGCCACAGGUUUCGCAGGCUCCAGUGCGCUGAAGUAGAGCCACGUCGGACCAACAUGAACCCAGCCAUUAAGGUGUCCAAGCCAAACGGAGGAUACAGAGAUGUUGGGAAGGCUGAGCAAAGGAGUCUUGAUUGCGAGCCUGGAAUCCGAAGACCUGAAAGCCAAUUGCUCUAAGCCAAGAUGCUUUGACGGUUCUUCCCGUUCUGAACAAGAUGUUUGGUUCAUGUUUCACAUUGCAUCACUGCUAGUAACUGCUAGUAGGUCAACGCGGGUCUACAAAGCUGGCAAAAUGUCAGCGAGUGACAGAAAGCAGUUGAAUAGAGUUUAACGGAUAAA